AUGGAGGCAGCAGACACGGCGAUGUUGGUGUCCACCACUGACAAGAUCAUAACAGCGGCUGUUGGGGUCAACACUAGGAUGACCAACGUAUCUGGGACCACGAUCACUAGCCACGCUCUAACCACUUCCACGAACAAGGCGUCAACAAUCAUACCGUCAUCGUCGGCUUCAAUAAUGACGUCUUCUACAAACACUGGCCCGAGUUCGGCUAUCACCAAGGCAUCAACUCUCAAGUUUUCAAUUUCAUCCAUUCUUGAACUUAAUGAAGAAGCUAGUCCUAAACCAAUUUUUAACAAACUGAAUCUAUCUAUCUAUCUAUCUAUCUAUCUAUCUAUCUAUCUAUCUAUCAUACUUUUGAUAUUUAUUCUCAAUUGCAUUCAUCUUGUCUUCUCUUGCGUCAUCUUUAUUGUAAAUUAUCUAAUCAAAUGCGCGUCUUCUAAAUUAUGUCAUAUCUAUCUAUCUAUCUAUCUAUCUAUCUAUCUAUCUAUCUAUCUAUCUAUCUAUCUAUCUAUCUAUUUUCUUUCUCUAUCUAUUCAUAAACUUUUCCUAUUUGUUCUUUAUCUUAUCAUUCGGUUGGAUUCUGAUUUAUAUUUGAUCCAAUCUAUCUAUCUAUCUAUCUAUCUAUCUAUCUAUCUAUCUAUCUAUCUAUCUAUCUAUCUUUCAUUUCUAUCUAUCUAUCUAUCUAUCUAUCUAUCUAUCUAUAAUAAUUAUCUAUUAAAACAAUGA